UAAAAUAAUAAUAAUAAUGGAAUUAAACGGAAGUACAGAUAAUUACAAUAGCAGCUAUGAUAACAGUACUAGCAGCUAUGAUAACAGUACUAGCAGCUCUGAUAACAGUACUAGCAGCCUAUCGGACGAUUUAAUAAUGUCAAAUAUAAGCGUACGAAUAAUAUUUUGCAUAUUUUACGGUAAUAUAUUUAUCCUAGGUGUAUUUGGCAAUGUAUUGGUUUGUUACGUAGUAUUACGUAAUCGUCAAAUGCAAACCGUAACAAAUUUAUUUAUCACCAAUUUGGCAUUCAGCGAUUUGUUGUUGUGCAUAUUGGCAGUACCGUUUACACCGUUGUACACGUUCCUGGGUGGUUGGAUAUUUGGAAGAAUGUUGUGUCAUUUGGUACCAUACGCUCAAGGUGUUAGCGUAUAUAUCAGUACAUGGACAUUAACUAGUAUUGCGAUAGAUCGUUUUCUUGUUAUAUUGUAUCCAUUUCAUCCACGUAUGAAGAUUGAAAUUUGUUGGAUCAUUAUAUUUGGUAUAUGGAUAGUUGCAUUACUUUUGACGUUACCAUAUGGAUUUUACAUGCAACUUGUUGAACCCCAUACUUAUUGCGAAGAACAAUGGCCGAGUGAACCGUUUCGCAAAGUAUUCAGCUCGUUUACUACGAUAUUACAAUUUCUUGUACCAUGUUGCGUUAUUACCAUAUGUUACAUAUGUGUGUGGAUCAAAUUAAACGACAGAGCACGUACCAAACCUGGCAGCAAAAGUAGCAAACGCGAAGAAACCGAUCGUGAAAGGAAAAAACGUACCAACAGAAUGUUGAUAGCUAUGGUUAUUAUUUUUGGUUUUUCUUGGUUACCAUUGAACAUCGUUAACAUAGUCGACGAUUUUUAUCCGCCUGCCAACGAGUGGUCUUAUUAUGGAUUAUUCUUCUUCACUACUCAUUGUCUUGCCAUGAGCAGCACAUGUUACAAUCCAUUUCUCUAUGCCUGGUUAAACGACAAUUUUCGCAAGGAAUUCAAACAGGUUUUACCCUGUUUUUCAAGAAAUUCAACGAACGGUACUCCCAAAUUAACAGAUGGUUGUAAAAGCGAAAAAUUAUGCAACGGUAAUAAUACGGUUCAAGAAAGUCUAUUACCAAGUCAGAGUAUUAAAGUACAGGUGGCACAAAAUUGUGAGAUGAUUACCUUGAACCCAACAACGACGACUACUUCAAAGGAUCACGAUCAGGAUCGUCGUUCGAGCACGUCCAAGGAUUUGGAUGAUGCUAAUCUAUAAAACAAAUCCUCCUUUUUGUUCUGUAGAUGUGAUUUUCGAAUUCUGG